GGUGGGGGAGAGAGGAAAAAGAAGGAAAAAAAAAAGGUGGGGAGAGGGUGUGAAGAGAGAGAAAUAAUUUAAUUUGGAUUCUAGUGGAAAGUCAGGAAAAAUCACUUCUUCAAAGUUUAAGGGACUUUUAAGGGUUCAAUUCAGCUCCAACUUUCUCCUUCGCUGCUUUUGGUUUAUGGUUGUCGAUACCGCUGCUUGAAAUCUAACCACCCUACACUGCACGAGGGGUGCUUAGGAUAUCGGAGCAUUAGACCAUACAGAAAAGAGGAAAAUAAUUUGGGUUUUUAGCAAAAAAAAAAAAUGGGGGAUGUGCAUUUUAGCAGAGAGAGGGCAGGAAAAGUAGUGGUGCUAAUUUUUUUCUGGACGCUGAGUUUGAUCUCACUAUCUUGCGCGGCUAGGCUAAGUGUGUCGAGACAGAAGCUCCAAGUGCAAAACCACUUGAACCGCUUGAACAAACCGGCUGUUAAAACCAUCCAGAGUCCGGAUGGGGAUAUUAUAGACUGUGUUCACCUCGCUCGUCAGCCAGCUUUUGAUCAUCCUUUUCUCAAAGACCACAAAAUUCAGAUGAGGCCUAGUUACCACCCAGAGGGUCUUUUUGACGAGAGCAAGGUCUCUGACACUGAGAAACCCAAAAAGGGCUCGAACCCCAUAACUCAGUUGUGGCACAUGAAUGGUAAAUGUCCUGAAGGAACCAUUCCCAUCAGAAGAACUAAGGAAGAAGAUGUUCUGAGGGCAAGCUCAGUUAAAAGUUAUGGUAGGAAGAAGCAUAGGGCCACCCCUCAGCCCAGGUCUGCAGAUCCCGAUCUCAUCAACGAAAGUGGUCAUCAGCAUGCAAUAGCAUAUGUGGAAGGGGAUAAGUAUUAUGGAGCUAAAGCAACCAUAAACGUUUGGGAACCCAAAAUACAACAGCCUAACGAGUUCAGCUUAUCCCAGUUGUGGAUUCUUGGAGGUUCUUUUGGUGAAGAUCUUAAUAGUAUUGAAGCUGGUUGGCAGGUUAGCCCAGAUCUCUAUGGUGACAACAAUACAAGACUUUUCACCUAUUGGACCAGUGAUGCAUAUCAAGCUACAGGCUGCUACAAUCUCCUCUGUUCUGGUUUCAUUCAAAUUAACAGUGAAAUAGCAAUGGGGGCAAGCAUAUCUCCUGUUUCUGCUUAUCGAAAUUCCCAAUAUGACAUCAGUAUACUUGUAUGGAAGGAUCCUAAGGAAGGGCAUUGGUGGAUGCAGUUCGGUAAUGAUUAUGUGUUGGGUUAUUGGCCUUCCUUCUUAUUCUCCUACUUGGCGGACAGUGCUUCGAUGAUUGAGUGGGGAGGUGAGGUUGUGAAUUCAGAACCAGAUGGUCGUCACACUUCCACUCAAAUGGGCAGUGGCCGUUUCCCCGAAGAAGGUUUUGGCAAAUCUAGUUAUUUCAGGAACAUACAGGUUGUUGAUGACUCCAAUAAUCUCAAGGCUCCCAAAGGGCUUGGCACCUUUACAGAACAAUCAAACUGCUAUGAUGUACAAACAGGGAGCAACGGGGAUUGGGGCCAUUACUUUUAUUAUGGGGGCCCUGGUAAAAACCCCAAUUGUCCUUAAGAGCAAGAGGGAAAGCACCUUUUUCUUUUUGGCGUUGUGUUUUCUACCCUUGUUCCCGUGUAUCAUUCAAACCCUAGUGUACUGUCUCCUCUUCUAUAUCUUUUUGGUUUUUACUAUUAGGUUGGGUUAGUAACCUCUCUAGCGGGAAAAUUAGUUUUGACUCUGGUUGUUUUACUUGAAAAAGAUCCCAUCCCAUGUAAGUGGUCUGGAAUUCGGCCAAGUUUCUGAAAAAGCCAAAGAGGAACUGGCCUUUGUUGUUACUCUUUGUAAUUCUAUUUCUUUGUUUAAUACGUUCUCGGAGCGGUUUGGUUUGUUAUUGUUAAUGAAUGGAGCUCUUUAAAA